AUGCGAUGGCGGUCGGUGGUGCUGGGGCUGCUGCUGCUGCGGCUCGGGCUGCAGGCGCUGCUGACGCUGCUGCCCGCGCUGGCCCGCGGGCUCUGCCUGCACCCGCGCCUGCCCUGCCCCGGCCCGCGGCCGCCCGCUCUGCCCGGGCCGACCGCGGGCGCUGCGGGCCGCGGGGCCCGGCUGUGGGGCGCGGCGGCGGGCGGCGAUGAGUACGAGCGGCGCUACAGCGGCGCCUUCCCGCCGCAGCUGCGGGCGCGGCUGCGGGACGCGGCCCGGGGCAUGUUCGUGUUCGGCUACGACAGUUACAUGGAGCACGCCUUCCCCCGCGACGAGCUCGACCCUCUGCACUGCCGCGGCCGCGGGCCCGACCGCCGAGACCCCUCCAACCUGAACAUCAAUGAUGUGCUGGGGAACUACUCCCUGACGCUGAUCGAUGCACUGGACACGCUGGCGGUAAUGGGAAACUCCUCAGAAUUCCAGAAGGCAGUGAAGUUGGUGAUUGACACAGUUUCAUUUGACAAAGACUCAACAGUCCAAGUUUUUGAGGCAACAAUCAGGGUUUUGGGAAGCCUGCUGUCUGCCCACAUCAUCAUUACAGACACCAAGCAGCCCUUUGGUGACAUGACCAUUAAGGAUUAUGACAAUGAGCUGCUGCACUUGGCUCAUGACCUGGCAGUGAGGCUGCUCCCAGCCUUUGAGAACACCAAAACUGGCAUUCCCUAUCCUCGGGUGAACCUGAAGAAGGGGGUUCCUCCAGACAGCCACAACGAGACGUGCACGGCAGGAGCUGGGUCCUUGCUGGUGGAGUUUGGGAUCCUCAGCAGGCUGCUUGGAGAUUCCACCUUCGAGUGGGUGGCCAGGAGAGCUGUGAAGGCCCUGUGGAGCCUCAGGAGCAACAACACUGGACUGCUGGGAAAUGUUGUGAAUAUCCAGACUGGUCACUGGGUUGGAAAGCAGAGUGGACUGGGAGCAGGCUCAGAUUCGUUCUAUGAGUACCUGCUGAAGUCUUACAUCCUCUUUGGGGAAAAGGAAGACCUGGAGAUGUUCAAUGCUGCUUAUCAGAACAUUCAGAACCACCUGAGGAGAGGUCGGGAGGCCUGCAAUGAAGGAGAAGGUGACCCUCCCCUCUAUGUCAAUGUCAACAUGUACACGGGCCAGCUGAUGAACACCUGGAUUGACUCUCUGCAGGCCUUCUUCCCUGGGCUGCAGGUGUUGAUAGGAGAUGUGGAAGAUGCCAUUUGUCUCCAUGCCUUCUAUUAUGCCAUUUGGAAACGCUAUGGAGCUCUCCCAGAGAGGUACAACUGGCAGCUGCAGGCCCCAGAUGUUCCCUUCUACCCCCUGAGGCCGGAGCUGGUGGAGUCCACUUAUCUCCUUUAUCAGGCCACAAAGAACCCAUUUUACCUUCAUGUGGGAAUGGAUAUUCUGCAGAGUUUGGAAAAAUAUACAAAAGCAAAGUGUGGCUAUGCCACGUUGCACCACGUGGUGGAGAAGACCAAGGAGGAUCGAAUGGAGAGCUUCUUUCUCAGUGAAACCUGUAAAUAUUUGUACCUGUUGUUCGAUGAAGAGAAUCCAGUGCAUAAAUCUGGCAAUAAGUUCAUGUUUACUACUGAGGGCCACAUCGUGUCUGUGGACGAGCGAUUCCGGAGCUCGCUGUGGGAGGACAUCCUGCCCGGAGGGGGGGACAGCGCCCACAAAACCAAACCCCCCGAGCUCAAGGCAGCCAACUUCAGCUCCAACUGUAACAGAGUCCCUGAUGAGAGGAGGUACCUGCUGCCCCUGAAGAGCAACUACAUGAGACAGAUCGACAGAAUGGUGGGACUGAUCUGAGGGACUCUGCAGGGGAACUUCACAGGAGCUUGGGAUUGCCCUGCAGACAUUCCUCCCCCUUCAGCUGCUCCCUGCACAGCCUGAGUCCCCCAGGUGUCCCCUGGGCCUGCCUUGGACACAAAGGAGCUGGAGCUCAGUGCUCCACAGGGUAACCUCCUGUGCCACCUCAACAGACAGCUCUUGUUUCAAGACUUCCUAUGAAAAAUGUUGUUGCAAAUGAAGGCUGAAUAUAUUUUAAAAGAAAAAAGAAGGCAAAUUGGCCACUUAGCUACCUCUUUGUAGCUGUGUUACAAAUGUCCCUCUAGAGCAGGGUCUGGUAUUUCAUUUGAAAUGAUCUUGGGGUUUGGGGUAGGAGUGGGGAAGUGCAAUUUUUUACACCAAGUCGAAUUAUUGGAUUUUUCUGACUAGCAAUACACAACCUUAAGGUCUACUCAGGUAGGAACCCACUGGGUUUGCUGAAACAAAACUGCUCUGUGUACUCUUGGAGGGAUAACUGCUGGUGGUGUAAGAGCUGUUGGUAGAGUGUGACAUCCCUCCCACCCACAGCUGACAGAACCUGCAGGGUUGUGAGAGCCUGUAGCUGCAGCAAGCAGUGAUCAAACCAACCCAGGUGCCUUUUUGGGAGGGAAGGGGGAAUUGCAAAGCCACUCAGGCAGAAGUUCCCAAAGUUUCCUUGUUUGCCAAGUUUUAGUGCCUUUUCAGGAGAGAUGCUGCUAAGAACUGGUGUCAGUACACGAAGAACAAACUAUUCCACAUUCCUGACAGGAUUCAUGUGGUAGUGCCUUAAGUUCCCUUCACUAGCAGGGAAAACUGAGCUUCCUUGGGAAGACAGAAAAGUAUUUCUGAUGAUCUGGUUGUAAAAUACAGUGGAACCCAAAGUCACUUAAAGAGAGAUGUUUGGGUUUUUUUUUAAGAUACUGGAAGAAUAUCUAUGAACUUCCAGGAAGAAAGCAGUUAAGGGCUUGAGGGAUGACGACAAACUGAGGCCAAAACAACUAUUUUAAAUAUAAAAAGUUGGGAUUUUUUUUUUCCAGUGGUUCCCCAUCGCUUAUAUACUUCUAAUUUUUGACUACAGUUGAAGUAGUAGAAUGUUAUUUUUGGGUUAAUGACUUUUAAAUUGAGGCAUAAAUAUAAGGGCAACUUGAUCUGCUGUAUUUUCACCUUCUUACAACAACAUUGGUUUUCAUGAACCACGUGUUGCAACUCAAAACAUUUCUAAUAAAUAUGAAGUUUGGAGAGGUUAUUGUUGGAAUCUUUUAAUGUACAGAUGCACCUCAGGGACUUUGUUGUAGAAUCUUUUAUUCCAUGAAAGUU